AUGGAGAGAAAUCCCAUAGCCGCCUGCUGCCUCGCAGUCAGCAGCACCGUCGCCCGCACUGCACCCGCCCUCCACCGGUUCGUGCGCCUCGUACGAGAGUCCCGCGCCGACGUCAUCGCCCUGUCGGCCGAGCUGCACGCUCUUGGCGGCGUCUUGGAGCUGCUGGAGGACGAUGGCGAUGACGAUGGUGGUGGCGAUGCCGCCGGCUCGUUGUCGCUGCUGCCACCCGAUAUUGCGCUGCAGACGCCAGCCGUCGUCGCGGCCUGCGGCCUCCUUGUGCACGCACUCGAGGAGCUCUUUGUCGACAACAGUCCGACCGACAAUGCCGACAGCCGGAUACAGUGGACGGUUAUGCGGAAGCAGGUAAUUGAGCUGCGGCCCGGCCUGGAAGUGUACCGGCUCGCCCUGGGCCUGGCUCUCGAUCUCGUUGCCCUAAUUGCACCCGACACGACAGCCGACGCGGCCUCCCCACCACACGCCGAGAUCGCACUUAUCCUCGCCGAGAUCAGCCAUUUGCGGCUGCGCGUCGGCAAGGCCUCCUGUGUCAACACCGACGCCGCCUUUGCGCUGCAAAACUACCUCCACGUGCUGCAGCGCCACGCCUCGGCUGCCCUACAUGGCCAGGGGCUGGACCAAGAAGCCGUCUACCCUCAUGACGCCUUUGUCGAGACUGCACCGACCGCAUCGACCACACCGACUACGCAGCAGCCUGUCCGACGACGACCCACGGGCAGGAGCAGAGACCGGCCCCGAAUGGUAACCGGGACCAUUGUCAGCACCGCGCCGUCGUCGAAUAGUUCUUCUGCCCACAGCCCCGACAGUGCGGUCGACUUGUGCUCCGAGCCGACACCACCGCUGCCCAAAGCCGCCCAGACUGCUGUCGCCCCCCCGGUUCAGAGGCCAAAGCACCCCCGCCGAAGUCAGUUGCCGCCUGCCUGGCUGGACGUGGAGAACAGCCCGGAUGAAGACGAAGAUGAAGACGAGGCUCAGCCGCAAUCGGCUAUCGACCGCCUUCCCAUUGCAAGCCCCCCCUCCAGCCCGAUAGGGCCCAUUGGCAACAUUACUGCCACGACGACCACUACGACCACCACGACAACAUCUUCGCUCUGCGUCAGCCUGCCAAUUCUACAGCUCGACCAGCUGCUCGACGAUUUCCGGCGUCCGCCAACACCGCCACCACGGGCGGCCUCGAGGCCGCGUGGAUCAUCGCUGGUUGGCCAGCAAUCGCCGACGAGCGGACAUACAUACCAGCAGUACAACCCGUAUCAGCAUCAGCACCAGCACCAGCACAGCGUCAGCAGCACCGGCACAGACGAGUCAGACGCGGCACCGCCGCCGAUCUCGCGGCAACGACGCGGCAACAUGUCGCUGCCGACGGUGGCAGUGCACCGAGUGCGGCCCAGCACCAGCAGUGCUAGCAGCAGCAUGUUUGGCGGGCAUGGCGGCGGGUACGGCAACGGCUUUAGCAGUGGCUUCAGCAUAAGCAGCCCACAACGGACGACAAACGAAGUCAGCAGCGCGAUCGACUCGGCACUGGGCAGUCGGAACGGCGGCGGCAGCGGUGACGUUGGACUGGGCAGCAGUGGGUAUGGCCACAGCCGUCUCAGAGCACAGUCGGUUUCCCACAGCGUGGGUAGCAGCAGUCUGAGGACGCUCAGCACGAUGAACACGAUGAGCACGAUGAGCACGAUGGGUACCGGUCUUGGGACUAGCACGAUCGGGGACGGCAGCCAGAGCGGUCGGGAGCGGGGGGGCAAGACCGAAUCUAGCAGCGAGCCCGACGACGCCGACGAUGCUAACGAUUCCCGGAGUGGGGGCAGUCCGUCCUGGGAGCCGAGGCAGGCUGACACCGUCUUCAGCGGGCGGACGCAGCGCCAGUCGACUGUCGUCAUCGUUGCGGCUGAUGGUGCCGUGGGCUUAUCGGAAGCGGUGUUUGGGGUGUCUCUGCGCAAGAGCAUCCGGGUGGCGGGCACGACGGUACGGACACGACACGAGGGCAGCCAAGGAGCAACAGUGCGGCAGUUCCCGGUGUGCAUGAUGGUGUGCUACCGGUUUCUGGUCGAAUCGGGCGGGGUGGCGACAUUGGACGUGUUUGGGGGCACGCAGAACAGCACGGAGGCGGUGCAGCGGCUGCGAGCGGCUUUCUCGCAGGGGCCGGACUACGGGGCGAGCCUAGACCUGGCGGCUGCCGGAUACAGCGCGCACGAUGCGGCCGGGCUGAUGCUGCACUAUCUCGAGCGGCUGCGCCGGCCGCUGGUGACGGAAGCGGUGGCGCGGCGAUGGCUGGCGCUGUCACGCCAAGCAACGCAUUCGCAGCCGGAUGAGGGCAUUGACUUCUGGGCUGAGGCGCUGGAGAGUGUCGGUGGUGGCAGCCGAGAGGCGACGCAGGCAGCGCGCAAUCUGAUGAAGCUGCUGCUGAACCUCUGGGGCGACGUGGCGGACGCGGCGGACCGCAACGACAUGACGGCCGAGCGGCUGGCUUCGUGCGUGCUGCGGCCGCUCGUGCACGCUCGGCUGGCCGACAGUCGGGCCCGCACAGACUACAUCCUGGCGCUCGCGUUUGUCAUCCGGCGACGGUCGGAAUACGCGCAGCUGCUGCACCGGACCGGCCGCAAGAGCCAUGCCGCGUUCGAGGCGUAG